CUGGUUGUCUUUCAAAUUUCCUCCUUUUGCCGGUACUCGACUUUGUCGGCGCUCAGACCUGCGGUGUCUCCGCUCGUACAAUCGAGCUGCGACAGAUUCGCGUCGAGAGAUCUGUUGCUCAAACAAGACCUGUGAUGCCUUGAACGUCCCCUUGACUUCAGCAGAAACCCCCUUCUCCGGCAGUCCAUCACUUCUUUUUCUUUCUCUCCUGCCCUCUCAAUUUCCCUCGAUACAUCGUGCGUCUGUGUUAACCUACACUCCCGUCGGCCUUUCACUACCCAUCUAACCAGCCGUGUACCCUUGUAUGUCUGUCCAUCUCUAUCUGCUUAAUCAGGCUAUAUCCUUCUGUAUAUCUGUCCAUCAAUAUGUGUAUUCAUGUACGAUUGUGUUAACGUCGUCGUCUGAACAUUCGAGACAUUCCUGAAGGAGAAUCUGCAGAUCUGAACAGUCACCGACGGAAGGACGAAAAACCGUAGUACGGGAUCUCGAUGGACUACCUCGUUUUGACUCUCGAUCUUUCAAGUAUCAUAGAGAGAGACACAACUACUCCUUGUGAUUUUUCGUCUGUGGGUUACCGGGGAUGCAAGCUUGUGAACAAGCGUCAGCCUGGAAGAGCUGGCGACAGGGGUGAGGGUGUCUCCUGCCUUUCAACCUGUCACGCGCCUUUUAGCAAUUGGAUGCCCAACUGGACGGGGAAAAGAGUCCGGUGAAGAGAGGAGCGAGGCAGGUCACGCAGACAAGGCACCGCUGUUUCAUGCCUGAGAGGCCAUAGAAAGCUUCCGAGCAGCGCUUGCGAUGCAGGGUGACUGCCGGACAAAGACUGUGGUCUCUGGGCGGAAGCUGCGAUGGUCUUUCGGCAAGACACUUUGUUUCUGCCUUUUGUCUCUUCCUUCUCUUUCCCAAGGCGUGCCUCAUUUGUCUCCUUCUGGCUUCUCUCGCUCUUGUGCGUCGCUUCCAAACUCUCCUGUCUCUGCGGCAUCUCCCUGCUCCCAGUUUCCUUCUGCUUUCUCUUCUAGAGCGUCCUCUCUUGGCGCGCCUCUUCGACUUCAGUCGCCGUUCGCCAUCCUCUCUGACUCCAGCGUUCUUCGCGCUUCUUCGCUCUCCGGCGACGCGCGUCCCCUGGGGUAUUUGAGGUAUCUUUUCGUCGCCCAGACCCUGUAUCAGCGUUGCCGAUCCUCGUCGAGAAUGGAGAGCUCCUCAAGAGCCAAGGCACCCGGUGCUUCGGCCCUCCUCUCCAACUCCAAGACAGCUUUGCGCUCUUCCAUGCCUGCGUCUUCGUUCACGAUGGAAGACGAGGAGUGCGUCGCUGCCGGCAUUCUUCCUGUUUGUCGCGUAGGAAAUCGAGUCCUCGCCCUCUUUUACAAUGCAACGGGUGGAAAGAAGAAAAACUUCCUCGUCGACUUUGGGGGCUGCAAAGAACGCUCUGCGCGAUCCCCGCCUCCACCUUCCACGCCCAGCCUUUCCCCUCCCGCGUCUCCAGUCCUACCUGCUUGUUCUUCAUCUCUUCCUUCGUCUUCGUUGCCUCACUGUGCUUCUUGUGUGUCUCCUCCUUCUGCUGUGCCUCUGUCGUCUGCGCCGGGAGAGGACCAAGCGCGGGUGGAGGCGAGGAAGAAGCGCGAGACGAAGCGCGCGACCAAGCAGGGGGAUGAGUGGGAGGCGGACGGAGAGUGUGCGGCCCGAGAGGUCUGGGAAGAGACAGACCAGCUGUGGGGUCUCGUGGCGGGAUAUUUCUUGCAGGCAGAGCCGCCUCUUCGGAAGCGAAGGAGAGCAGAUGCCGACAAAGGCGGGGAAGACGGAGGUCACGAGAACUGCGUGACGCGGGUGACAGGCAAGAAAGCGGGGGGGAACCAUGGGCAAACAAAUGGAAAGAAAGAGAAGAAGAGGCUGCCAAAGAGAAGGGAAACAGAGGAGGGGAGCGACGAGGAAGUGGAGGAGAGACGACAAAGGUGGAAAGCCGAAAUCUGCUCUUGGCUUAUGUCCAUUCCCACACUGGCGACCUUUUCGCGGUCCAAAUACCGCUGCUACAUCAAGGAGUUUCCUGCCUUUUUCCCGCUUCUCUUCAUGAAUUUGCGCGGCGAAGAAGGCGAAGGCUGGACCCGCAAUCGACGCUUCCUCUGGGUAGACGUUGAUGCUUUCGUUACGAGUGAAGAAGGCCAGAAUUCCGAGAGCCUAGCGGCUCCCGGAGAACGCGUUCAGAAUGGAGAAGCGAAGCAAGCGAAGGCGCCGCCAAAUUUGGGAGAAGGACAGGUUGCGACGCCGUCAAAGACGCGAGGGAGCCAGAGCGAGGACAAGCGAGAGGAGGAAGGACGAGUGCCGAUUGAUGGGAGCGAGGAGACGCAAAAUAAGCCGCCAGAGGCAAUUUCUCGGAUCCACUCGAAGCACCGUGUUGUUCCCCCGACUCCUAAUUCGGUUCCGCCCCUCCACUACCGUCUCCGACACCCGCGACUUGGAGCGAUACUGCAAGAUGUCAAACGCAAACUCCUUACUGAGAACGGCGGAGAAGCGCACGAAGGAAAGGGAUUUUCUUCUUCUCGCGGAUCUCGUUCAUCUCCCCUUCCCCAUCGGUCCUCUUCCCACCCUGCAUCUCCAGCGUUCUCGGCGUGUACCUCUGCUCCUCCGUCCGCGUCUCCCGGUUCUGCUUCUUCCUCUCCUUUUGUCUCUUCUUCUUCCUUGUCUGCCUCAGUCAGUGGCUCAGUCUCCUCGGGGGCGUUGCGCUUGGGGCGACCGCUUUUGCCUCUUCUUCUGCCUUCUCGGAGUCAUGUCCUCGAGUCCCGAGAGCAGGUGGAGGAGUAUCUCCUGUCGCACGUAUUUGACCUUCUCUCGCGCUGUCGGAUUCUUUCGGAGCAGGACGGCAAAGGCGGCCUGGACGGGGCGGGCCGCGACGGAGGGCGCACCGAGAUGCCGAACGAGAAGGCGGGAGAGACAGGAAAGAACGACAGAGACAAGCAACAGGCUGACGCAUUUGGAGAGCGAAGCGAAGGGAGAGGCGUGGAAGGCCUCUCCCCAAAAGAGGAAAGAGAAGGAACCGGCAAACGACGGCACUCGCCCCCGGACUUCCACGGCGCGCCCAAGGCUCUGAGGCGUUUGAUGGAAAGCGAAGAGUGGCGGCAGGCAUCCGUCAUCUGGUUGGACCCCUGUCUUCCAGGGAAAGAGGCGCUCCUCGACGGCUCGCUCCUCGAUGUCAUGCGAGAAGAAGAGCUGGCAAACCAGACGUUCCUGACUCUCCCCUCGUUCUGGGCGGAUGCAGACACACGCGAAGCAGAGCGGAAAGAACAAAGAGAAGAAGAACGGCGAGAAACAGAAGAGAGAGAAAAGAGAGAAAGGGAAGCGAAAGCAGGAGGGGCAACGAUGACGCAGAGCCGACUCGAUGACAAAGUUGUUUUGCUAAAGGCGAGAGCAGCUGCAAGGAGCGAAUUUCGGAAGCUGCUGGUUGUGGAGGAAAAACCUUUGAAAGAUCUCCAGAGUUUCCAAGUGGACAUCGCCGUUGUCGGCUGUGGCGCCGUGACCCCCGACGGCCUGCUGCUUGGCCGCUCCCGUGCCGCUGAACCUCGAUCGCCAGCGGCCAUGUGGACUGUCGCUCACGACUUGCAGGUUCUGGAAGGCUUUCUUCCUCUCUCUUCAACGCUCGCGCAGCAGCGCUCCAUAUCCCACAGAGUCGGAGACGCUUGUCGCGCAGCCGGCCGCGCAGGGUGCCGAGAGGAAGGCGAAGAAGAGGCGAGAGGAAAACAAACAGAAGGCACCGGGGAGCCGGAAGAUGCCGAGAAAAUUCCGAAGGCAAAUGGCCUCGGAGAUAACGAAGAGAAAGGCAGCAAACCAGAGCAGGGCCAAGACAAAACCGUGAACGCUCGACAGUCGACUUGUCAACAGGAGAAAAAGGGGGAGGACAGGGUUUCUCCACUCUCCGACUGCAGCUUAGACAAGGCGCCACAGGGAAGCGGGGACAUUGCGUCUUUCCUUGCGAGCGCAGUGGAGGAAAUCAAUAGGGAACUCGAGUCGUCAAAGGCGUUCUCGGAGUUGUGGGGAUCGAAGCCAGGAGUGACGGCGAAUGCCCAGCACGACAAGGACGCACACCGGCGUCUCGAAAUCGCCGACAAAGUCGCGACGCCAUCGAGAUGCUGGAACCCGCAGAAAAUCGAGUGAAGGCACGAAAAAGAGAGACCCAAAAAACAAGAAGGAAGUAGGGAAAGUCGGCACCUUCACCUAGGCUUCGUCGUUCCAAGAAACUGUGUAGGGGUUGGAAGUUUUUGCGGUCUUCUCUGAUGGAACAUCUCGUCUGGUGUGGGCGCCGUCGCUCUUCUCAUUCGUUUUGUCUCUGCUUUUCUCGCCUCGC